UGUAAUCCUUGACGAUAUUCGACGAUUUCUAGGAACGUGAAUGGAUAAAAUUAUCAGAUAUAUUCCUGAUAUGCUUUUGAUAUACGAAACAAAUUUUUUCAUUUAUUAGAAAAUUGUAAUUGCGAUGGCAUUUAUUGAUAAAAAUCGUCCAAGUAUACAAGAAGCAUUCGAACGAUUUUUCGGGAACAAAACUAUACAAGAGCAAUGUACCGAGCAAUCUUUGACACGUUUACACAAUGUUUUUUUGACAACAGAGAAUGGGGAGGUGGAUUCUUCUCAACUAUAUGAUGCUUUUCGUAACAUCCUCGAAAUAAAAAUAUCGCAGGACGAAUUUCAAGUUUUCUUCAAUAAAAUAGAUACAAGACUUAAAGGCAAAGUAAUAUGGGAUGAAUUCAUUUCUUACUUGCUGAUAGAAUUUCGGGAUAUAGACACAUAUUUGAGGUCGCAAAUGUUGGAAACACCAUUAACGAGUUUACCCAAAUUGUUAAGAACGCGUCAUCGUACUCCUGUGUGCAGAAUUACAUUUUGCCCGGAAGUUUUGCCAGAUAGGAGUACGAGUUUUCGCCGAGGUUGUUAUCUAACUGUUAGUCGAGAGGGAGCGAUUAAUUACUGGUCAUUAGAUCUUAACUAUGAGCGUACUGUGCAGUCCAAGAAUCCGUUCUUAAAAGUACAAACUACUAUUAUAACUGAUAUGAUCGUGCUACCGGAUGUUCAGAUAGUGUGUACGAGUUCAACAGAAUGCGAUUUGAGAUUUUACGACGUCGCGGCAAAAAAAUUUGAUCUUCGCAUACUGAUAUCCAGUUUGGAAAAUGCAGUUGUUUGCAUGCACUAUUACUUUAGUAGAAAUAUGAACGAAAAUUCUUAUAUCGUCUUAGGUGAUACGAGUGGGUCUAUUAUAACCAUGGCCUUUAAUCCUACGGAUAGAGGACCUUUCAAGCAAUAUACUGCAAGUGACUCGAUCAUUUUCCGUUACGACAAUGUCAUUAAAGGGGAGAUACAAGGAUUAGAUGUCAUAGAAUUAAAAAAUAUACAUACAAACUGGACGAGCCAGGUAGCUUAUUAUGGAAGCUUACGUGCAUUUGUGUCGAGUAGCCAAUGCUCUGAUUGUUCUUUGUGCGUUUUCGAUAUGAGUGGGACAAAGAUGCAAUAUAAAUUUCAAGUUCGCAUGGGAAUAUCCUGUUUCACGCUCUGCGAUGAAACUCGUAUACUGGUAACAGGUGGACCAGACUGUGUGAUUCGCGUUUGGAAUCCGUUUAACCCCAGGAAAGCAAAUGCUAUUUUGUCGGGGCACCGAUCGACUAUCUGCGCGCUUGUCAUAACUAACACCGGCAAUCGCAUUUUUUCCUUGUCAAAAGAUAGAUGCAUAAAAGUAUGGGACGUUUCAGCUCUUAGCUGCAUUCAGACAUACAACAAAUUACCUCGUAAACUGAGUGAAUACACUCCGAUGACUAUAGUGUUCAACACGCUGACCUGUACGAUGAUUAUUGCCAGCAUGAUGAUAGCUGUUCUCGUUUGCGAGCACGUAAUUAACGAGGAAACCUCGGACGGCUAUACGCACACUAAAGGUGUCAGUUGUGUCCUCUACAAUCAGCUCUUCCGUGUGAUUGUUUCUACGGGAUUGGAUUCAUGCAUCAUCGUAUGGGAUCCAUGGUACGGACGCCGUUUACGUUUGAUAUCACACGCUCACAGUGUUAUACGAUUGGGGCAGUAUGCCGACAUCGAGAUCACAGCGGCUUGCUUCGACGAUUCGGAGCAAUUUUUAGUGACUGGCGCAAGAAAUGGUUCAGUGAAAAUGUGGAAUUACAAUACCGGAAUCUGUAUACGCGAUAUGAUGGUUGAUCAUCAAUGUGAAAUAACAAACAUCACAUGGUACGAAAAUCGAAUUCUGUGCUGCGGUUGGAAUAAACACGUGACAGAAUUGUCGAUUUUUGAAUCUGAUAUAUGCAAAAAGAAUUGGACGACCAGUCACACCGAUGACAUUCUAUGCUUGGCUGCGAGAUAUCCACAAUUAUUAGCUACCGGAUCGUACAACGAAGAAUUAAUUCUCUGGAAUCUUGAAACGAAUCAGCCUUUUAGAAAGUAUCAAGUGACUGAUGUUAAUAGAAGGCACACGAGAAUGACGAACGCACAGAAAGAAUUUAAAAAAUUGAAUGAGAUCAGUGGAUCCGUCAAUCAGCAGAUUAAAAAAUUGACUCCAUCUGUCCAUCAAGAAUCAGCAUUGAACAUUGUUCGUGUAACUGCGGUACGCGCGAUAAUCUUUCUAGCAGCGCGAGAAACGAAACCCGAUGUUGGCACAUUGUUGGUCGCCCUCGACUCCGGUUUGAUACAAGUAUGGACACAUCAUCCUGCGGCGGGAUUUUUAGGGGCUUUUUCAGUCAUACAUACUGUCGGUGACUGUGCCACAUCCUUAGCUACCGAUCCUAAAAAUCAAUUUUUUGUAACAGGUCAUAGUAUAGGGUAUAUAAAAGUUUGGCUUCUCUCUAAUUACAUGCUACCAAAUCCACCGAAAAUUUGCAUGCCACUACUGAGAUUAGAAUUCCCAUUUUUAUGGAAAGAUAAAAUAGACGGAAGAGCGAAGAGAGCAGUACAAAAUCAAAUGCUGCCACUUCUGCUGUCAUCUGUGCGUGGUCAUACGCGGGGAAUUACUUCUCUUCAAAUCAUUUCUAGCGCACGAGUGAUAGUCAGCGGUAGCGCAGAUCGUACAGUACGUUUGUGGAGUUAUGGAGGUCGUUAUAUAUCAACACUGGGUACGUUUAGAGAUUGGAUCCCGAUUCUGCCUACUGUACCCGUGCAAAAAUAUUUCGAAGAUUAUAAACUUCCAGCAGACAUUAGGAGAUUUGCCAGUUCUACCACUUUAAAGGUACUUCAUGGUGGUAUGAGAUUACCGAUAGAGAUCGAGGAAAAGGAAAUCGACAUCUCAAAAGAAACUCUCGAAGAAGAGCAAUAUAUGUUGUACGGGAAGGAUUUCGAUAGUCUUGUGCUCGAGACAUAUUAUGAAUCACAGUUGCCUGAAAACAUCUAUCAGAAAUAUCUGCGAUUAGACAAUACUUUGCCAUACAUACCAAUUUAUACGUAUUUACCAACCUAUUCUUUAAAACCUGUCGAGACGCAGAAAAUGCUCCUGCUUGAACAGAAAAUAGAACCUAUUAAAAAGGUAUACUUAAGAAGAACAAUGAAACCACUGCGCUCUUCUGUAAUAUAAAGAGGCAAAGGCACUUCCACAAAAUGAAAUCUACCGCAAUGCUCUCCAUCAUUUGAACCUUAUAAACUCUUGCAAAAUGUCAGUAUAUAUUAAAAUAGUACA